UGUUCAAAGUUGAAUGUCUUUUGCACAUUAGUGUUGCCAAAACGGGCAGAGGUAUCUAGUAGGGGUACAUAAUACAAUAUAAAGAAACUUAGAGGAGAUCUGCGAAUUUCACAAAGCCGGAAAAGGGAGAUAGAUCUCCACAAUCGGAAUUCAAUGGAUACUCCAUUUUCGCCGGCGACUUUUCUUUUCUUCGUCGUUUCCUCCUCCUUCUUCCUUUUCGCAUCUUCAUCUCCAAAUUCAUCUUUAGAUCUCGAUGCGAUCUCUAUUAGCGUAGCGCGGAGACAUUUGAUGAGCUUCAAGGAGACGCCAAUUGGUACAAAUGUCACUUAUGAUUGUUCUCCUUCUGGUCCUUGUCUUCUUUGUUCCAUAUCCGAAAAGAAAGAUGAGAAGUAUAGGUGCAGUGAAACUGGAUAUCGUAUUCCUUUCAAAUGUGUAGAGAUUAAAGCUAGUUCACAGGAAGUGAACAACAAUAAUGAAAAGAAGAACCGAUCUGCUCUGGAGGACACCGAUACUGCAGCGAGGCCACAUGUCAUGAAGCAUAAUGAACAAGCUCUUACAUCUUCAGCAAGACAAAGAAGUUUGCUGGAUGAUUCAUCCACGUCAAAGAGUGGAAUGCAUACCUAUAUAACUUAUAGGAGCUGUGUUCUUUCAGUAAAUGAAGAGAAUCUGUCAGUACUUGGGUUUGAGGUAAGUACAUGCUUUGUCUGCUUUACAAAACUGUCUUGUGGAGAAUCAUCCAAUUUACAUUAUGCAACCUGUUUCACUGUUUCUUUCAAUAUAGUUGCUGGUUUUAGUAUUCAGAAGUUAUUUUACUUCUAGCCAAAAUCAAUGCAUGAAAUGGGAUGAAAUAAAUGAUGUGAGAACCAUAUAUUAGAAUCUUGUUUUGGUAAUUUUCCUAGGAAAGAAGUAAGCUCUGUUUCAUUUUGAAGGGCUACAUUGUAAAGAAGUACCUGAAAACUAAACAAGUUUCAAUGGUGAAAGUUUAUGAGGUACUUCCAAGAAAACGAAGGCGCUUAUUGAGGUAUAGAGAAGUAAUAGAUACUUUCUUUUGUUAUUGAAAACCACUGAAGUUACUUCGAAGACUUUGAAAGGAAGAAAAGGAGGCUUAUGCAUUUCCUCUCUAAACAUGAAGAAAUAUAACUAGGUAAAAGCCCUGACUAAGCUAAUGGAGGCAGAAGGGCAUAUUGCAAUUUGAGAAACUUUAAAAAAAAAGUUGAAAUAUCUGUGUCAGAAAAUGGAGAGAAUAUUAUUGAAAUUCUCGUAGAUUCCUCUUUGAUGGUCAUGUGUGAUCGAGAUAAUUCAGAUUGAAGUUCUGGUUUAAAGAGAUCCUAUUAUUUUCCGCCUCCAACUCACUGUCAUGUCCAGUUAUUUUCAAAAAAAAACAUUCACUGUCAUGUCCAGCGUGCAAAUGAAGACUGCUGGUAGUACCAAGGGGUUUAAAAGAUUUCUUUUCAGAAAGAUAAGAGUUUAUUAGUAAAACAACAGUAAGAUGCUGAAUGCUGAGUGCUGACUAUGUACAAUAUGCAACCUCAGGUUCAGUUGUUGUUCGCUAUGGAUUGAUAAAGUGCCAAUGAAAAAGGAGGUGUUUUAAAAGAUUUCUCAGCGCUUCAUUAGUUCUAUUAUAGUCGACCGUAAGUGUUUGGGGAACGGUGUGUACAUCACUAUUAUAUUUCGUUCCUUGCUGUUUAUGUGUCAUUCUAACAAUUACCAGUUUCACAGUUUUUUUUUCUUCUGGCCUAGUCCAUCUUGUUUCAAAAACUUCCUCGGUUUCUUUUCCUGAAUGAAAGAUAUGAACCAUUCCCUUGGUGGGCAGAGUUAUAUAUUACCUGUUCCGUGGGAGGCAACAGGUACUUGGUUGAAUGAAUAGUUGAGGUGCACGCGAGUUGGUCCGGACACCGCUGUUAUCAAUUAUAAAAAUGAUGUGAACCAUUUUACAAGAUUGCUUUAGAAGUAUUGACCUUAACAUGGUAUUUGAUGCUGGCAUGCUGCGGGUGUUCUGUGUUCAUUUCCUUCUUCACAUGUGACCAAAUUGAAAAUUCUUAAGACUUUCAAAGUUAGCUGACUCACAGAAAGUUUUUGUAUAAUCAUCAGAAGAGAACAAGUCUGUCACCUACUCAACUUGUGUGUAAAGGAGACCUGUUAUACUUGCUGCAGAACAGCUCUGUAAAAAGCCUCAUGGCUUGAGUUGAAGAACGAGCUCUUUCUGAUUCUGUAAAUAUAUUGGAAUUAAUUGGGAAUAUGUCUAAUUCUUAUUCUGAGUGAUUUAAUCGGAUCUGCAUUAUGUAGAUGAUUAUGCUGGGCUUGCUGAUUAUCAGUGGUUCAGCAAUAUUCUUCAGAAAAAGGCGAGCAGCUGCUGUACCUGGUGCUGGACCAGUCAGACUUCCAACUAAUUCCCGAUUCUAACUAAAAAUCUAUAUGUUUGCAGCUUAGGAUUCUUUUUUUUUUUUUUUUAAUCUUUUUAAUUUCUUGGUCCAAGGUUGUAAUCCUUAUAGAUUUUCUGUUAUACAUGUUUGCAUCCGUGUAAAAUGUUAUAGUAAUUCAUUCCAUCAUUUUCAUAGUUAGAAGAAAUUAGAAUAUGAAGAAGUAACUCUGAACUGGAUAGUGGUGAUCAUAUCCUGUUUGUACUGUAUAUUCUUUUGAACCUUUCAAAUAGUCCACAGCAAAAUCAGAAUUUUCUAUUUCAUCA